GUUGCCAAGGAGAAAGAGUCACAGCCCUUCCUGUGCCAGGGAGGGGGGUCAGAGGCUGAUUUUUGUCAUAAUAAACGCCAAUGCGAUCUCGCUUCACAGACAACAAAGUGGGAAAGUGGAACGAUUAGAGGGAUGGAGGGACACUCCGUCGGUGACUCAAUGCUGAUCUUUGUUGGGAUAUCCUAGAGGAGAGAUGGCUCUGUUUCCUGUGAAGUGUUCUUGGUGUUCCUGCUUAUUGUGAGCUCCUUCGGUGAAGCUUGCCACUUCAUGGUCCAGGGACCGGGCGGUCAGUGUGGGAGAACAGUAUCGGAGCACAGCAGCGAGCCUGCCUGCCUUCCUCCCUGGCAGGAUGAACCGCUACACAACCCUGAAGCAGCUGGGUGAUGGCACCUACGGCAGCGUGCUUAUGGGCAAGAGCAACGAGAAUGGCGAACUGGUGGCCAUUAAGAGGAUGAAGAGGAAGUUUUACUCUUGGGAGGAAUGUAUGAACCUGAGAGAAGUUAAAUCUCUAAAGAAGCUGAGUCAUGCCAAUGUUGUGAAAUUAAAGGAAGUCAUUAGGGAAAAUGAUCAUCUCUACUUCGUCUUUGAGUACAUGAAAGAGAAUCUGUACCAACUGAUGAAAGACAGGGAAAAUAAGAUGUUCUCUGAAAAUGAAAUCAGAAACAUCAUGUUCCAGGUGGUGUCUGGCUUAGCGUUUGUCCACAAGCAUGGUUUUUUCCAUCGGGACAUGAAGCCUGAGAAUCUGCUCUGCAUGGGUCCGGAGCUCAUCAAGAUCGCAGACUUCGGAUUAGCGCGGGAAAUCCGCUCUCGGCCGCCGUACACUGACUACGUGUCCACGAGAUGGUAUCGGGCUCCGGAGGUGCUGCUGCGCUCCUCAGUGUACAGCUCUCCCAUAGACAUGUGGGCGGUGGGCUGCAUCAUGGCCGAGCUCUACACCCUGCGGCCCCUCUUCCCGGGGAACAGCGAGGUGGACGAGAUCUUCAAGAUCUGCCAGGUCCUGGGGACGGUCAAAAAGAGCGACUGGCCAGAGGGCUACCAGCUGGCCGCGGCCAUGAACUUCCGCUUCCCCCAGUGCGUCCCCACCAACCUGAAAACCCUCAUCCCCAACGCCAGCAGCGAGGCCAUCUCUCUGAUGAGAGACAUGCUGCAGUGGGACCCGCAGAAACGACCCACCGCUGCCCAGGCCCUGCGGUACCCCUAUUUCCAGGUGGGCCAGGUGCUGGGCCCUCCCCCGCAGUACGUGGGGCAGCAGAAGGCCCAGGUGCGGACAGUCCAGGCCCCGGAGCCCAAACCCCUCCCGCUGGGCAAGCCGGAUCAGCAUUCUCAAGCUCCUAAGACCGUGGCCCCUGUCCCGGGUCCCGGCAGGGCCCACCACCAGCCACUGCAGCAGAUCCCCCUGCCCCAGGACAGCCUGCAGUCCCAUGGCCACAGGCAGGAGCUGCUUGCCUCUCCCAGUCCCAGAAACAACAGCCCCCCUGUGAAACCGUCUCAGUCGGGGAACGAGAACAGCGCGGUCGGGAUGAAGAGUGGCCGGAGACGCUGGGGUCAGACUGCCGUGAAAACGCUCGACAGCUGGGACGAGUUUGACGACUCGGACGUGGGAGUGUCCUUCUCCAAAAAGCCCAGCAUGGGCUCCAUCAAGGAGAAAGCCCUGGAGGGACAUCUGGAGCCAAAGCCGCUUAGUACCUACACUGCUGUAAUCAAAUUGCCAAGCAUUGCCGCCACCACCAUCAACAGGACCGACUCGGAGACCUCCAACUCCUCAGCCAGACAGCAUUACCUGCGGCAGUCCAGAUACCUGCCAGGAGUAAAUCCUAAAAACACAUCCUUUACUGGGAACAAGGAGCCAGGGCGAAGUCUAUGGGGCAACCCAACCUCUCUAGUGAACAAACCACUGGGGCCCAUUGGAUCGGAUCUGUCCGUCUCUAGAGUUAAUGCAGAAGACCCUAUACCUACUGAUAAAUCCCUUGUAAGAGAAAAGGCUCUCAACAAAGUAGAACUGCCCAAAGGACACUUUAUGAGCUCGAACUACAACCCAGGUGGAGGUUAUGUGUCGUCCUUUCAGAAGAAGGAGGUGGGAUCUGCAGGACAGAGGAUUCAGCUGGCCCCCCUUGGAAGCACGUCUGCAAUUGACCUUUCUCCCACUGCUGAACUUAAAACUGAUAAACCGAAACCAUCCAAGCUUAAGUCCACUUCCAAUACGGCCUUGGUUGAAACAGCUGAAGAGUAUGAAGGGUGGAAAAGCAAGAUGGCAAAAUCCCAAAUCCCUGCAUCCAGCUUUACAAUGCCAGGAAGGUCUCUUCUGUCCAGAGCGCCCCCAAUACAGCCAGUGCAUGGAAGAGUGGACUGGGCAGCGAAAUAUGGGGGGCAUCGGUAGCUCUGCCUACUAGGAUCCCUCAUACCCUGCCCAGAAAGGCAUAUACUGUGGAUUCUCAUAGCCCCAUCCACAGACUCACAGCUCCCAGGCUGGACAAGGAAGACCUGUUCACUGUUUUAACAGGGCUUCUCCAUCUUACGGAGGCCUUCAUGACUGCUGAAACUUCCACUGUGGACAGUGAGACUUGUGGUUCCUUUGGACUGGUUGAUGUCAUGCCCAUCUCUUAUUUUUGGGAGGUUUUUUUAGUAUAUAUGUAUGCAAGUUGGCCACAUUGAUUCAGGCGAUUUAAAAAAAAAAAAAGAAUUUGGUGUUGAAAUGAAAGUGUUGAAAGUCGUAAGGAUGGAACGUGGAAGCACCUAAACUCGUCUGGCCAUGACGCGGGCAUUUCUGCUCACAAGGGUUUUGUAAUUGAGGGAGUAGUUUUGGAAACUUUUUGAUUGACCAUUUAAGCAUAUAUACUUGCAUAUUAUGUUUACCAUUUACUAUGAUAACUUUAUAUAAAUGAGCAUGAGACUUUCAUUUGGCAUUAAAUAAUCACAAAUGGUUGUUCAGGAUGUUCUGUGUGAUAUUCCGAUGGGAGUAGAUACAGGGAAAUUCAGCGAGCAAGGCUGUGUUUUCAGAGGUUUAAUUCCUCCUCUUUGUUUUGGCCUCUUUCUUUGUCCAGUGUUUCUUGUUGCACAGCAUUGAUCAGGGUCCUGAUUCAUUGGAUUCAUAAAAAGAAGCAUAAUUGCAGGCUAAUGCUAAUACUAAAAUCAUAAAACCCAUCUGGCCAGAUGUGUAAAGACGAAAAAAUGUCAUGCUAAGUGUUUUCGAAACAUUUAUAGAGAAACUUUUCUCUUUGGUAUUCAUAUUUUUAUAUAUUUAUCUUUUUAAAACUAACAUUACUAUAGUCUUUUUCUUUAGAAUUUUGUUUUUAUAUAUGCAAAUCAGUCUUGAAAACGAAUAGUAAACUUUCUAUAUGUAGAUAUAUUUCGGAAUAAAUCCCUGGGGUUCAAACCUGCAUGCAUCUAAACGGCUAACUGACUGAACAUACCAAGCAUGCUAUAUUUAUAAAACCAGCAGAAUGCCAAAAGAAACUGAUCAAUGUCUCCUGUUGUUUUUAUAGAAAAUUGCCAUUUUAUUUGCCAUGUAUCUUUUUGUUUUUUACAAAAUGUGACCUAUUAAACUUUUUCUGUGAGAACAGGU